AUGGAAAACAGUCAUCAAUCUCAAUCCCUGAAAAUCCUCCACCAUUUCCAAGUCUCUCCUUCCCCGCCACCGUCCGCCGACGCCAACCUUCCGCUCACUUUCCUCGACUACCCAUGGCUGCUCUGUCGCCCGAUGCAGCGCCUCUUCUUCUACGAAUCCCCGCUCUCAACUCUUCAAUUCACCCAAACCAUCCUCCCUCACCUCAAGACCUCCCUCUCCGCAGCCCUCCACCACUUCUUCCCUCUCGUCGGCCACCUAAUCUCCCCCGCGCCGCCUCACCGCCCUUACCUCCGCUAUUCAGACGGAGACUCUGUUCCCCUCACGGUGGCAGAGUCAGCCGGCGACUUCGACCAGAUAAUCACCAACGACCAUCCAAGAGACGCCAGGGAGCUGCGCCCUUUCGUCCCUGAGAUGCCGCGUUCUACUCUGGAGCCGGACGGCACGAAACUGGUGCCGCUAUUGGCCGUUCAGAUCACUCUGUUUCCGGGGAAAGGCGUCUGCGUCGGCUGCCAGUUCGCCCACGUGGCCACCGACGGGAUGGGUUUCCACCACUUCGUCAAAUUCUGGGCUUCUCUGUUUAGGUCGUUACAUUCAGGGGAGAAAGAGGACAAGAAGAAUACUUCUCCUACUGUUCCAUCGCCGGCGAGAGACAGGGAAUUGAUCCGGGGAGCUUACCCGGGUCUGGAAUCGGUUCUAUUGAACCAGUGGUUCGAGUUCGGAUCGUCGUGGGAUUUCGAUUCGGGUCCGACUCAUUACCGAGACCUCUCCGAUAAAGUCCGAUCCACCUUCGUGAUUACCCGGACGAACAUCGAGAAGAUGAAGCUCUGGGUCCGGGGGGAAAACCCGACGCCGUUUCGCCUCUCUGCUUUCGUGGUGACCACUGCUUUCGUUUGGGCCAAUCUCGUAAAAUCCCAGGCCGUCGGAGACUCGUCGGUCGGCGACGAACCCGACGCUCUCUACCGCCUCAGCUUCGUCGCCGAUUGCCGGCAGCGGCUCCAGAUCGAGUUGCCCCCUUCUUACUUGGGGAAUUGCCUGGGGAUUUAUUACGUUUCGAUGAAGAAAAGCGAUGCGGUGGGGGAGCACGGAUUCGCCGUGGCGGCGGAAGCGAUUGGGAGGAAAGUGGAGGAGCUGGAGAGCGGCGGCGGCGGGCCGUUGAGAGGGGCGGAGAGGUGGGCGCCGGAGUGGAAGGCGCUGUCGGAGGAAGGCCGGCUGAUUGCGAUUGCUGGGUCGCCGAGAUUGAAGGCGUACGAGACGGAUUUCGGGUGGGGGAAGCCGAGGAAGAGCGAGGUUGUUCAGGUCGACUGUUCGCCGUCGGUGGCUCUGUGUGAGAGCUGCGACGGCGGCGGCGGAGUUGAGGUCGGAUUGGCCAUGGCGAGGAGUAAGAUGGAGGUUUUCAGUGGCUUGUUUCAUGAUUUCAUGGGUCAAAUUGAAGAAUUUCCGGCUUAA